CAAAAGGACACACAAAAUACACUCUCAAUAGCCAAAGCCUACACCACUGCAACUCCCCCCCUCCGGAGAUCCGCUUGUUAUUUACCGGAAUUUCGAUGGCGACGGUCACAACUCAAGCUUCAGCUGUAUUCCGGCCAUGCACAUCAAGAUCAAGGUUCCUCACUGGAUCAUCCGGCAAACUCGCUAGGGAAAUCUCGGUCAAAACGGCUGCUUCGUCGUCGCCCGGUUCGUUUAAGAUCGAAGCCAAGAAGGGAGAGUGGUUGCCGGGUUUGGCCUCGCCUGGGUAUCUUAAUGGCAGCCUCCCGGGCGACAACGGGUUUGAUCCUUUGGGACUGGCAGAGGACCCCGAGAACUUGAAAUGGUUCGUCCAGGCGGAGCUUGUGAAUGGGAGAUGGGCCAUGUUGGGUGUCGCAGGAAUGCUGUUGCCCGAAAUCUUCACCAAGAUAGGCAUAAUCAAUGUACCAGCAUGGUACGACGCAGGGAAGGCUGAAUACUUUGCAUCGUCUUCGACCCUCUUCGUGAUCGAGUUCAUCUUGUUCCACUACGUGGAGAUCAGAAGGUGGCAAGACAUAAAGAACCCAGGAAGUGUGAACCAAGAUCCCAUCUUCAAGAACUACAGCUUGCCUCCCAAUGAAGUUGGAUACCCCGGCGGCAUCUUUAACCCCCUCAAUUUUGCGCCAACCAUGGAGGCCAAGGAGAAGGAGAUCGCCAAUGGGCGGUUGGCGAUGUUGGCAUUCUUGGGAUUUGUCGUCCAACACAAUGUGACCGGGAAAGGACCCUUCGACAACCUUCUACAGCAUCUCUCUGACCCGUGGCACAACACAAUUGUCCAAACGCUCAGGGGAUUCUAAAUCGAAUGGGAUACAGAGACUGUAUUUUAAUCUUUUGUAACCAUGAGUUUAUGGGAUCUGAGUGAAAUGAGAUGAGCUUCAAUGUAGAAAAAUGAAACCUUCAAUGUACAGGGGAUCUGAGAAGACAUUAUUACUGUAUUUCAAUCUACAUUUUCUUUGGCUUUAUUAUUCAUCACUUU